UUGCAAGUUCUUCGUCUGAUAUUUCAAGUUCUUCUCGCCUCUGUCGGCGUAGCAGGCAAUGCGAUAGUAUGCCUCGUCAUCACCUUUCAGCCCCAGAUGCAUACUACUAUCAACUACUUCAUCAGAAACCUCGCCAUAGCAGAUCUUGGGAUUCUAAUUCUAUCGUUCCCUUUAGCAGUUAUCAUGGAACAAGUACCUUCUCAUUGGCCCCUAGGGGAAUUUUUCUGUCGGUAUAUAUUCCCCCUGUCUGAUAUAUUUUUUGGCGUAUCCGUUUGGUCGAUCCGGGAGUAGCGACAACUAGCGGUGUCUCGGUAUCAUGCCCCUCGGGAAGGGUUCGCGCCUAGAUGGCACAAGUUCAGUCGCGCAGCCUACCACCGAUCGCAAACCUACUAAAGUAAAAAUUAAUAGAGCGAGCCGCUGUAUUUCGUCAUGAACUUCACCGAUCAUCGUCCCGUCGUCAACAUAGUUGAAUGUUCUCCCAAAUGGCCAAACAAGGAGGAAGAAGACGAAAUGAGACAGAUUUACAUCAUUGGUUUGACUAUUUUCUGGUAUGUUCUACCACUUGCGAUUGUUACUGUAACCUUCGGUAGCAUUACGCGAAAGCUUCGUACCAGUACGAGGUUUAACAAAUCGAUAAGGGAUGACGGCGGGCGAGAUACGGAGAAGCGCGCUCGAAAAAGACUGCGUGAACGACAAAAUAGCAAAGCAAAAAAGCUUUUGACCCCAGUAGUUUUAGUCUUCGCUGUCACCAUGCUACCCCUAAAUGUUUUCCGUCUCGUUUUUUUGUACUGGAAGGAAUUUACCUUGCACAAAUACUUUUGGGUUUACUACAAUGUAUGUGUGAUUUGCGUCAUCACAAACUCGUCAGCGAACUUUUUCAUUUAUUCUGUGGUAAGUGAAGAGUUUCGUCAAAGUUUCAAAAGCUUUAUCUGC